GGGGGGGGGAUUCGUGGGACAUCAUUUGGACCUGCGAUGGACUCCAGCGCGGGGGAAUAUGGCAUGGCUCGUUUCGGAUUGCUCUUGGUUUUGAUGGGGCUGUGGACACUUGGCGAUGCUUGCCCCGCAUCCUGCACUUGCAGCAUCUCACGGAUUGUUUGUAACGAUUCUGUACCGGGGAUCGAGGAUUUCCCUGUCCUCACGUUAGAUGACAUGGAAAACAUCACCGAGAUAUACAUUACGAAUCAAAACAGACUGUUUGACAUCAACGACAACAGUCUGAGGCAUUACAUCAACCUGAGGAACCUAACAGUGACCAAGACGAGAUUGACGUCUUUAUCGUCGGAUGCAUUUUUCAACAAUACGAGACUCCAAUAUGUAAAUCUCAGAGACAACAACCUAUCAACGCUGUCAUGGAGAACAUUUCAGAGCUUCAACACAACAUACCCACUCAUGCUGUCGGGUAACCCUCUGGAUUGUGUUUGUGAGAACAUAUGGAUCAAACUGAGGCUCCUUGAAGAAACCGACAGCCCUGAUCUGACAUGCAUAGACGACCGAGGAGCGCCGAAGGCCUUCACUAGCCUCUCCCCACCGGACUGUGUGGUUCCCAAAGUAGAGGUCACCCCGAAAUCCGUGACGAUGAUGCAGGGGAGUAAUGUCAAAGCGGUGUGCAGCGCCUCAGGCUCCCCUCCUCCAGAGAUCCUGUGGAACCUCGAUUGGCUCUCCACCCACCACGAGAUUGACCCUUCGGAUAUGGAGAGCAGCAUCACCUUGUCGGACCUGUCUCCUGAUGAUAAUGGCAAGGUGAUCAUAUGCAGUGCUGAGAACAUGGUCGGUCAGACUGAGGCUACCCUUCAACUCAAUAUUCUCUUUGCCCCCACCAUCCAGCAGCUGCUGGGGCCCGAGCGCGACCACCACUGGUGCAUCCCGUUCAGCGUGACGGGGAACCCCAAGCCGGAGCUGCAGUGGUACCACGAGAACGUGGCUCUCCUGGAGCAGGACUUCAUGCGCACCAGGAUCCACCUGUCCACCGAGAGCGAGUACCACGGCUGCCUGCAGCUGGUCAACCCCACGCACAUCCACAACGGCGUCUACAGGCUGGUGGCCAAGAAUGAGUACGGGCGGGACGAGAAGAAGGUCUCGGCGCAGUUCAUCGACCCGCCUUACGUCAACCACACAGAAGAGACCUUCUACGAAUAUCCUACUGAGUCCCCGCUCCCUCCGCUCGAGGACAGCGUUGCAGUGUACGUCGUUGUGGGAAUCGCGGGCGUGGCCUUGACCGGCUGCGUUCUGAUGGUGAUCAUUCUGAAAUACGGAAGAAACUCAAAGUUUGGUCUUAAAGGCUCCUCCUCAGUCAUCAGCAAUGACGAUGACUCUGCCAGCCCUCUUCAUCACGUCUCCAAUGGCAACAACACCCCGUCGUCCUCGGAGAUGGGUCCAGACGCGGUGAUCAUUGGGAUGACAAAGAUUCCCGUCAUUGAGAACCCGCAGUACUUCCGUAACUCCGGCAGCAUGCUGAAAUCCGACACGUUUGUCCAGCACAUCAAGAGACACAACAUUGUACUGAAGCGGGAGCUGGGCGAGGGAGCCUUCGGGAAGGUGUUUCUCGCUGAGUGCUACAACCUGACCCCGGACCAGGAGAAGCUCCACGUAGCGGUGAAGACUCUGAAGGAGGCCAACGAGAGCGGCCGGGCGGACUUCUACAGGGAGGCCGAGCUCCUCACCAACCUGCAGCACGAACACAUCGUCACCUUCUACGGCGUGUGUGUGGAGAGCGACCCGCUCAUCAUGGUGUUUGAGUACAUGAAGCACGGGGACCUGAACAAGUUCCUCAGGUCCCACGGCCCUGAUGCGGUGCUAAUGGCAGACGGUCAACACUGUAUCCAGGUGGAGCUCACCCAGUCCCAGAUGCUGCACAUUGCCCAACAGAUUGCGGCUGGCAUGGUCUACCUGGCCUCCCAGCACUUUGUGCACAGAGACUUGGCAACCAGGAACUGCCUGGUAGGAGAAAACCUGCUGGUCAAGAUAGGCGACUUUGGCAUGUCCCGAGAUGUUUACAGCACAGACUACUACAGAGUGGGCGGUCACACGAUGCUGCCGAUCCGCUGGAUGCCCCCGGAGAGCAUCAUGUACCGGCGGUUCACCACAGAGAGUGACGUGUGGAGCCUCGGCGUGGUGCUGUGGGAGAUCUUCACCUACGGCAAGCAGCCCUGGUACCAGCUGUCCAACAAUGAGGUGAUCGAGUGCAUCACCCAGGGCCGCGUGCUGCAGCGGCCCCGGACGUGUCCCAAAGAGGUGUACGACCUGAUGCUGGGCUGCUGGCAGAGGGAGCCCUACAUGAGGCUCAACAUCAAGGAGAUCCACAGCAUGCUCCAGAGCCUGGCCAAGGCCUCGCCCGUCUACCUGGACAUCCUGGGCUGAGGCGCCGCUGUUCCUACGUCACUGAGGCUGUUGUUUUCGUCCGUGGAAACCAAAACGCGUACAUAUGUGUGGGAAGGCAUACAAAUGAAGGAAACCCGAUCAUCAGAACCACUGAUCUCUGGGUUGCUCUCUACAUUCAUCGCAUUAAAUCAUCUCGUGUAAUCCAUUUAUCUGGGAACGAAAGGGAAGACACGGUGUCUCCGUAAUGGACACGACUCUGUACAUAAGAGCUUUCUCUCCUUUCGGCACUCGGCAACAUAUUCUGCAGGAAUAUUCCAAAAGAUACUCAUCAAGUUUUUUUUCUUUCUUUUUUUUCUUUUUUAUAUCUCCGACUAUUUUAAUAUUGACUCUGUUUUCACACCUCACUGUUGAUUUCAAAUUUGUGCUUUCUCCGACAUCCACAGAAACCUCGUACAACGUUUAACGUGAAAUCAGAAACCCAGUUUCCCAUCGACGCCUGAAGGUCAGAGGUUGUACAACACGAGGGCCAAUCACUAUUUCCAAUAACGCCAUCAUCAUCAUCAUCAUCAUCAUCAUACGCCACAUUUCAUGUAAAUACCUACGCACCAGGCCGUCCAUAUUUAAAAAGCGGCGUUUCAAACGUUGUCAGAGUGCUCUGCGACAUUUCACCACCACCCUUUCGUUUGAUGUAUCUAAAGCACAGAGAGGAUGACGACUCGCAGGUACAAUUGAGCUACAAAAAGAAAAAAAAGACAGAAGAUGAGCACAGUUUUGUUUGACUUUUUCAUUCACCGGCGACGCCAUUUAGCUGUUGUUCCGAGGCCCGUUUCUUUAUAUAUAUAUAUAUAAAGAAAGGCUCAAAUCGUAAAGCAAGCGUGGCGGUGCGAGUGUACACACUUAAUAACCCCUUAUCCCAUUUCCAUAUGGAGACAAUACGUUAUGUUGAGUGCACUUUGUAGCGUUACUUAACCCCCCCCCCCCCCCCCCCUCCCCUUAAUGCACAACCAGAGCGGCUGACCACUCUCCGCCUCGACCUCGACUGCACUCACUUACGAAAAACAAACAAAAGCAUUUUAAACCCGUGAGCGAGGCGAGGCCCCCGCCUCCAAACCCGUCCACCCGGCAGCGUCCCUCCGUGUCCUCGUCCCAGCGCCGAAGGGGCCACGUGUCCGCUGUACAUAACCUCGCCGUCCGUUCUGUACAGCUCUGAUAUUUGUCUAUAUCAAUAGUAGGCUAUGUUUAAUAGUAUAAUCUGUUUUAAGCAGGUAUCACGUCAAAAACCUUGUGACAUCUAUUGAAGACGACGCGUUAUGGGCCGCUGGCAAUACAUACUAUGUGUAAAUACGGUUUGAUUUGUGCUACAUUGUAUACUUUUUUUUUUUUUUUUUGUGCUCGUUCAUAAUACCGGUGAGAAAUACAAUUCUUUCUUUUUGGGGCAACUUUUGAUCUGCAGAGGACUUUAUUUGAACAAUGUGUUUUUUUCUCUGAAGAAAAAAAUAGAAAAAAAAAAAAAAGAAAAAAACCAGACGAAGAAAAGAAAUAAAGAAAAGCGAUCUCUUUCCUCUCCACUGUGACGGGGAGG